CUAGAAGCCUCCUAUCCCUACUGAGCUCCCAUCAUUAUGAAAUUCCUUCUGAUUUUGACUGUUGCCUUGCUCCUGGCCCAGCUCACCCCAGCCAUGAAGUGUUGGAGUGCGUUGGGAAGAUGCAGAACAACGUGUCAAGAGAGUGAAGUGUUCCACAUACUGUGCAGGGAUGCAACUAUGUGCUGUGUACAUCCCAAGUACAUACCGGUCAAAACCUGAAUCCUCAAACAUAGCUGGAAGGUUGGGAUAAACGUCUGUGGUACACCUCAUCAAACUUGAGUCUACCAUCAUUGGACCCGACGGUUCUGUGAACUCAUUCUUGGCCCUACCCUGUUUGCGUUCCGGCAGUUCUACACAUUACAUUGCAA